AUGAAAUAUCUAUACAAGUACAUCUUCAAAGGUCAUGACCAUGUAAUGACAAGUGUGCAGCCAACAAGAACAGAAAAUGCAGUAACUGGAGCUCCGCAAGAAGAGCAACAACACACAAAUGAACCUGUAUACUAUCUUGAUUCCACAAAUGCAGAAAGACUGUCUAACACCAACAUCAACACUACAUUGACAUCAUGA